AUGGGUGAGCGCAUCAUUGCAUAUACCGAGCAGGACUUGCAAGAAAAGGCAGCUCGACACAUUUGCGGCUGCAUCAUCAGGCACCAGAAGUCUUCUUCCUCCAAGUUUCUGCUUGGCUUGUCACCUACGAAUGGCUUAGCGCGUCGAAGUCGCGCGCGAGAGGUGUACAGUGCGAUAGCCGAGUGGACCGAGCAGGAGAUCGAUUGGAGCCGGGUGCGGAUCAUUCUGCUGGACGAGCGAUACGGCUUCGAGCAGGAGGAGGAUUGCAAUGCAACUCUGGUUCGGGAGAGUCUUGUGAAGACUCUUCAAAAGAGAGGAAUCACCCUCUCUGAGGAGCAGUUCGUUGCACCCAACACGGCCAAAGGCUGGCAGGAGUCUGCUUCGGAGUACCAAGAAAGACUUGUGAAGCUUCUGCAGGCUGAAGGGGUGAAGGGCUUCAGCCUUGUCAGCACUGGUUUGGGAGCCAAGUGCCAACAAGGGGACAAAUCAAGUCAGCCCGAAGAUGCUCGAAGACUGGCAAAGGAGAAGGCCAAAAGCAGCAUGGCGCGCAGCAGUUGCGCAGCGAUGCUUCGCACAUGGUGUGGGAGCUCCUUUGCACUCCAAGAAGCGGUGCUGCCAGCGGGACCUGUAUGGGAUCGAUGGCGACGCUCUGUGUUGAUCUCCGUUUGCGUCUUCAAAUCGACGAGAAGCCAAGCCUGGGAUUCCCGCAAGACCGCCCAUGCUGGCCGAUCAGGAAAGGAGAUCGCUGUGGGCUAUACUUUUUAG